CCCGAGCCCAGGGAGCCCCCUACUGGCAGCACCAGGGGGGGGAGAGAUAAAGUCCCACAGCACCACCCCCCCCCCUCUCACUGGGGACCCUCCUGCCAUGUCUGGGUCGCUGUGCAGAACUCUGUAUGGAUUCAGUGGGGAGCAGCACCGGCAGGGGCUCCACUUCCAACCCGGGGAGCUGGUUACGGUGCUGCAGGCGCUGGACGGGGGCUGGUGGGAAGGCGAGAAGGACGGCGCCCGGGGCUGGUUCCCUGCCAGCUACGUACAGAUCCUGGAGAAACCCGGCAUGAUGAGCGGCCAGAGAAUAGAAGAUCAGACCCCGGUGCCCCUUCCCCAGGGCUGGCAGAGCUACAUGUCCCCCCAGGGGCGCCGUUACUACGUCAACGCAUUGACCAACGAGACCACAUGGGAGCGGCCCAGCAGCUCGCCCGUCAGCCUACGGAGCCCCAUAGUCAAGAAGAUGUCGCUCCCUACAGUUAACGGGUUCCACCCCCCCGGUUCCCCGGUGCAUCAGUCGGACGCGGCGCAUAUGCGGAAAGCCAGCAAUGAGCACCAGAGUCCCGGGUCCCCGUCGCCCACCAAAAAGCAGAGCAAGGAGACCACCCUGACUAUAAACUGCGUGACGUUCCCGCACCCCGACACCCUGCCGGAGCAGCAGCUGCUGAAACCCGGGGAGUGGAGCUACUGCGACUACUUCUGGGCCGACAAGAGAGAUGCGCAGGGGAACAACGCCGUGACAGGGUUCGAGGACCUCCUCCAGAAACAGCUCAAGGGCAAACAAAUGCAGAAAGAAAUGGCCGAAUUUAUCCGAGAAAGGAUAAGGAUUGAAGAGGAAUAUGCAAAAAACCUGGCAAAACUUUCCCAGAGUUCCCUUGCCUGCCAGGAGGAAGGGACCCUGGGGGAGGCCUGGGCCCAAGUGAAGAAGAGUCUGGCGGAUGAAUCAGAAGUUCAUCUUAAGUUUUCCUCUAAGUUACAGAGUGAGGUGGAGAAGCCUCUCCUGAGCUUCCGAGAGAACUUCAAGAAGGACAUGAAGAAGUUCGACCAUCACAUCUCCGACCUGCGCAAACAGCUGGCGAGUCGCUACGCCGCCGUCGAGAAGGCCCGGAAAGGCUUGGCUGAGAGGCAGAAGGACCUUGAGGUGAAGACCCAACAGCUGGAGAUCAAACUCAGUAACAAGACAGAGGAAGACAUCAAGAAGGCGCGGAGAAAGUCAACACAAGCAGGGGACGACCUGAUGCGCUGCGUCGAUCUGUACAACCAAGCGCAGUCCAAGUGGUUCGAGGAGAUGGUCACGACCACCCUGGAGCUUGAGAGACUGGAAGUGGAACGGGUGGAGAUGAUCCGGCAGCACCUUUGCCAGUACACGCAGCUCCGGCACGAAACCGACAUGUUCAACCAAGGGACGGUGGAACCGGUGGAUCAGCUGCUCCAGAAAGUGGACCCGGGCAAAGACAGGGAAUUGUGGGUAAAGGAGCACAAGUCGGGGGACAUCCGGCCCGUGGAUAUGGAGAUAUAGACUGACCGGCACAACCGGGACAUUGUACAUUCCUGAACCCAAAAGCACCGCCCCAAGUGACUGGGCCUGGACCCGACAUGGUACCGGGGCUGGAGGCGGUGCCGCUGGGGAACCCAAUGGGUUUGGAUAAUAACAGCUCUAAUGGACCCACUUACAUUUAACCCCUGCCGCUAUCACUCCGUACCAGGCUGGCACCGCCGGUUCUGACCCGAGGAAAAGCACAAGUCACAAUGCAGCGAGAUGGGACCAGCAGGGACUCGGCCAUUGGGCGGCCAACUGGGGGCGCUGGAGAGAGGAAAUAAAGGGAAAACCCAGUUUA